GCGCCGAAAGCAGCUGGCUUUGGUGUCGUGGAUAUCAUCCGUCUGCUUUGCGGCAUAGCACUGCUCAAUGGCUGCUUGAGCUUCUUCGUCACGGGCGAUACGUUCUUCUGGGGCCACCGGCCGUGGGUAGAGAGUCGCACGAGAACGCUGACGAACUGGUGGAACGGCGGCGUGCACCUCACAGACACCCAGCUAGCCCUAUACAACGGCUCCGACCCCAAGCUCCCCAUCUACCUCGCGCUCAACGGCACAAUCUACGACGUCACCAAGGGCUCCAAGUUCUACGGGCCCGGAGGCAUGUACCACGUGUUCGCCGGCCGGGACGCAGCGCGCGGCUACGUGACGGGGUGUUUUGCCGAAGACGCGACGCCGGAUCUGCGCGGCGUGGAGUACAUGUACGUGCCGAAGGAUAUUCCGCGGCCGGAGGAGGGGAAGGUGGAUGCGGAGAUGAAGAAGGUGCGGGAGCAGGAGUUGCGGGCGGCGAGGAAGCUGGUGAAGGAGGUGAUUGAUCAUUGGUCGGGGAUUUUCAGUGGGGAGAAGGGAGGGAAGCCGUAUUUUGAGGUGGGCAAGGUGGUUAGGGAGGAGGGGUGGUUGGAGAAGCUGCCGAUGAGAGGGCUGUGUGCGAAUGCGGAGAGGAAGAGGCCG